CGCACCGCGCCCUUUCAGCUCCAGUCAGCCCGGCUAGUGAGAUCCGAUAUCCGUGUACAGGUAAUGACAAAGCGCACGAAAAAGUCCUGGAAGAAGCAGUAAGCCGUUAGCCUGAGGACAUUGCAGCUUUAUACUAAGUUGUGUGUUGGAACAGAGACUCAUAGGAAUCAAAACUUUCUUUUGUUUGUGUCCCUUUUUGGGUUGUUUUCGGUUUGUUCACCUUUUGAACGUCUUCGCGGGAGGUGACCUCAGGUACGACACUUGAUUUGCGAGCUCGACGCCUCCUGUGGAUUUACUACACAAACCAGCUCGAAGUGACUGGAGAAGGAUGCAAACUUUACAUCAGUCUCACAAAUGGCAUAUAUUACGAGCAACCCACCCGUGCAGCUGAUGGCAUGCCUCCCUACAGUCCAUCAGAGAGAGGGCGAGUCUGAAUGGCGCCCUAGUUCUGCCCCUCUUCUCCUUGUCUGAAAGGCCUCGGCCCCUUUUUCCAAGCCUGCCGACCUCUCCGCCAACCUCUGCACCAUGGAUAUACUGACCGAUGACACGGAGGGAUGCUACUUCAACCGCACUGUCAAGUUUUUCUACGAGAAGAGCAACAAGAACAUCAGCGAUCACUGGCGUACCCGCGACUACGUGGUUGUCACGCUGGGCAUGACGGUCUGCUUCAUUGUCAUCUUCUCCAACCUUCUGGUCAUUGGGGCGAUUUUAAAAAAUAGACGCUUCCACUUUCCCAUCUACUACCUUUUGGGUAACCUGGCUUUGGCAGACCUCUUCUCAGGUAUCUCCUACCUCCACUUGAUGUUCCACACGGGUCCUUGGACCAUCAAGCUGUCCAAGCACCAGUGGUUCGUGCGUCAGGCUCUCAUCGACACCAGCCUGACCGCCUCCGUCCUCAACCUCCUGGCAGUGGCGGUGGAGCGCCACCAGACUAUCUUUCAGAUGCAGCUCCACAGCAAGAUGAGCACACGCCGUGUCUUCGUCAUCAUGCUCUUCAUCUGGCUGAUAGCCAUCAUCAUGGGUCUAGUGCCCACCAUGGGCUGGCACUGUCUAUGCGACCUGGACAACUGCUCCACCAUGGCGCCGCUCUACAGCCGCAGCUACCUGGUGUUCUGGGCGCUCCUCAACUUGCUCACCUUCUCCAUCAUGGUGGCCGUCUACACCCGCAUUUUUUUGUACGUACGGCACAAGAGCGAGCAGAUGUCACAGCACACCACGCAGAUGAGACACCGGGAGACCGUGUUGAACCUGAUGAAAACCGUCUCUAUGAUCUUGGGCUGGUUUGUGAUCUGCUGGACGCCCGGCCUGGUGGUGCUGCUGCUUGACGGGCUGGGCUGUGAUGAGUGCAAAGUGCUGCGCUACGAGAAGUACUGCCUGGUGCUGGCUGAGUGCAACUCCCUGGUCAACCCCAUCAUCUACUCCUUCAGGGACAAGGACAUGAGGAGGACCUUCAGGGAGAUCCUGUGCUGCCUGUGCAGGCGCGGUGGCAACCAUACGGGCACGUCCGGAGUUAACUUUAACACCCUGGAGCACGAGAACUCAAAGUCUCGCGACAUGGAGCUGAUGGAGAAGAGCAAUGGGAUGCUGCUCAUCAGCAAAGACUUGGAGGACAGGACGCCGUCUUCAGAGAGUUGGAAUUAACACACACGCACAUGCACACCACACAAACGCCUCAAGAUUGUGAAGACUGACUCAAUCACUCUUGAUGUGACAGUGGGUGUGGCCCCAAAGGUCAAGGUGGGGCGGGUCUGGACCGUAUUUCCUGUUUUACGACCUCACCCAGACAUUCACAAAUACUUGCCUGCAAGUGUUGGUGGUACUCCUUGAAGAUUACACACACAUCUUUGCAUCAUCUGUUAAGAACAACGAUACACAUUCAUCAUUAUUAAACUGAUUUGUUUUUUGGGGUUUUUUGCAAUCCACCAUCAAAAGUGCUACAUAUUAUAUUUAUAAGGCUUUUUUGUUUGUUUUUAUAGACGUUUCUUCCUCUUUAGGAAGUGGUACCUCAUCAACAUCGGGCUUCAUUUGCAGUGCCAGUUGGGAAAAAGCAGGUGAAUCUUUUAAGAUUUCACUUUUUUUUUUUUUUUUUUUUAAAGUUUUGACAGUGACAGUCAAAUUUGUGUUGUACUAAAUUUGGACUUUUUUGUGUGAAUAUUUCUGCUUUAUACGAUGCACAAUCAUGCCUUUUCUAAGUUUCAUUGUGAAAUAAAUCACAUUUGUUUGUGCAAAAAAAUUAUAUUGCUGCAACAACAAACAAAAAAAAAAUCGGAAAAAUAGAUUUAAUUUGUGCAAAAAUUGAGGGGAAAAAGUAUUUGUGCUAAAAAUUGGGGAAAGUCACAUUUGGACAAAAAGGCUGGGAAAACAUUUUGUGCAAAAGGUUAGAAAGAAACAUGUAUUUUUAUAUCAGCAAAAACGUAAAAUGGAAUCAUGUGUCAAAGUCAGGGAAAAUAAAUCCAAUUCAAAAUCCCAUUUGCGCAAAAAGUAGGGAAAAAAUACAAAUAUGUCAACUAAAUCUGCAAAAAUUCAGGAAAGUAAAUAUUUUGUGAGGAAGAUUUGGAAAAAGUAGGACAUUUUUCAAAAAGUCAGGAAAUAAAUUCAUGCAAAAAAGUAAGAGAUCUUGAAAGUUGUGUUAAAAGUCCUGAAUAUAAGUCAAGUUUAUGCAAAACGUGAGGGAAAUCAAUCUUUUUUUUGUUUUGCUUUGUCAUACAUUUCAAUGUUUUGUGUCAGGGGGAAAAUCUAAUAUGCGUAAAAAUUUGGAAAAUUAAAUGCGCACAACAAGUUGGGAAAAUAAAUUGAUGUGCAAAAAAAUGAAGGAGAUAAAACAGUUUCAUGUAAAAAAAAAACAAAAAGUGAGGAUAAAAUACAUGCACAUUUGUAGAAAGUCAGGUCAAAUAUUUUUGCAUGUAUUUUAUUUACUUGGCAGACGUACUGUUUACGAAAAAAAACACAUUUUCCUAACUUUAACAACAGUUUUUCUUAGUUGUUUAUUCACAAACAGUACAACGUUGGGCAAGUAAAUAAAAUUAGUGCCAAAAGUUGUAAAAAUAAUAGUUUUUUUCUGCAAAUAGUGUGAAAAUGGUGAUUCACAGACAUGGAAUGUGAUUCACCAAAGAGUCCCACUCGUGACCUUUUGGUCACAACAAUACAGUAAAAUAAAAAAAAUGUUUUUUGGAAAAUACGUGUAGAUCUGCAUAACCUAAGACUGACUUUUUUCCAAUUUGAAUUGGAAAACAGAGACGAAGAAGAAGACGGCUCCAUUUCAUGUUUGCAUCAUUGAAAGUACUUCUAAUGACGUCAUUAAACUUUUUGCAUCCUUUGAUUUUAUGUCCUUUGGAAAGUUCCUUCCUUGAAGGUUUUAAUACGUUCUGUCUUGUCGCCUCUGUUGAACGUCCGCUUGGUUUUUCCUCAUCCUUCCUGCUUCCCUCCUAUGCUGCGCUGUCUCCUUCCUUGCCUGUCCGUGGGAGGGUCUCUUCAGCCAUAUCGGCACAGACGAUCUUUUGUUGCGUGCGCGUCUGACCUUCCACCCUUUGGGAUUUAUGAGUGGCUUCAACAUCUUCUUGCGUCUUCUCAGGCGUAGGGCUCUCCUCAGUGGGCCCAGCGCUCUCCUCACAGGUGACCUCUUCUGCUGGAACAAUAACGUCUUAGAGGACGAGCCGCCCAUCACCAGAGGACCUGCUGCAGUGAGACACGUUAGGUCAGGGGUGUCCAAACUUUUUCCAACAAGGGCCACUUACUGAAAAAUGAAAGGAUAUUUUGUAAAGAAGUUAUAUUUUAA